GAAUGGUGCAGGCUCGAAGGGCCGAAUGGCCUCUACUCCUGCACCUAUUUUCUAUGUUCCUAUACUUAAAUCCUUUGUUAUGAAUGCUAAUAUAUCAUUUGCUUCCAGUCUUUCUUCAUAUGAAAGUCCUGACCACUAGCGUGUCCACACCCAAAGCAACACGGAUAAGCAUUUAUUCUCUCACAAUAGGCCCGUGAUCAGGGCCGGAUAUACGUAUAGGCUUCACAAACUUAAUCUUAGGGCCUCGAGAUCUAGGGGGGGCCUCGGGCAGGGCUGGAUUUACCUAUCGGCUUUCAUAGACUGAUUGGAACGGGCCUUACAUAGGGGAUUGAGAGUGGCCUCACCAAAUCCGGCCCUGCCCGUGAAAAAGCUUGUCGCUCAUUGAGGUGAAUGCAAACAUUCCAUGACACGCACCUUGGCAUGAAGGAAUGGAGACAUGAGGAACUGCGAAUGACAACACACAAUGGUUUUUCGAAAGGCAACAAUGUCCUCUUCAUAAAAUAAGUGACUGGGGAAGUUCCCGAAAGUAAUUCUUUUGAACCUGAGCCAAGUUAGGUUUGGCCCUCGCCCCUAGCAAUUAAUAUUGAUUGUGAAAUGCGUGGUACAUAACUCGGCUUAACUUACGGGAGGUUUUGUGGGUUGUUCCCUGCACCUGCUAAAACUCUUCGCGAUGUUUGCUAACCAGGAGAUCCUCUGUACAAGUCUCCGGGGGAACAUGGGUCUCAGAGGCUUGCUAACGGCCCUGCUGUCUCUGGCUGCAGCCGUGGCAGAGAUUGAGAUCGAGACGGUGUCCGAGCAUUUCGUCUACGGGCGGAGCACGUCGGGCUCGGAGAAGACUCUGGACAUCCUCAGCGUGAACUCUGUGCCCUUCCUCGCCUACGACCACGAGGCGCGCGCCUUCUCCAUCAACGGCCAGGCCACGGACGGGAGGGAGGAGCUGGGCGAGGAGGAGGUGACCUACUUUGUGCAGAGGGCCGAGGGGUUUCAGAACCAAAUCCGGAGCGACAUGAGUGAGCUGGCGGCCGGCAACGAUAACCAACCCAUCGGCAGCAAGAAACCGAUCGCCCACAUCUACACAGAAGAGGACUACGUCCUGCAGAGAGCCAACACCCUGUACUGUUUCGCCGAGAGGUUCUACCCUUUCGAGAUUGAGCUCCAGUUCCUGGUCAACGGCCAACCCUUCACCGGCCCCGUACACUCGUCCCCACUGCUGGUCGAGAGAGACUGGACCUUCAACAUCCUGAAGUACAUCCGCAUCGAGCCUCAACGCGGGGACACUUUCAGCUGCCUUGUGGCUCACGUCAGCCUCGAUAAAGCCCUGACCCUCUCGCUUGAUCGGCCUACUCGAACACCCAUCUCGGGGAUCGUUGUCUGUGUGGUCGGAGUUCUUGUGGGAGUUCUUGGGCUAAUGCUAACCUUGUACUUGGGCAGAGAGAUACACAAAAGGAACGUGGCUGAAAUCCCUGUUCAUAAGAUUAUGAAAAUUGAAGGCCUGAAAAAGGAAAAUCCAAAAUAGAACCUGUUUUUCUUGUAAUAAAAUGUAAAGUGAUCAGUA